AAAAACAAAAAAUAAAGUUUGUACAAUUAAUAAAUAUUUUUCAACUAAUCUGUUUUCAGGGGAGUAUUAUUUUGCUAUAUGGUUGUUUCUUGUUUUUGUCAAAUGUACUAUUUUUUUUACUAUAUACAAAAAUUUCUGUCACAUUAAUUCGAUUAUCAGGUUGUGUGUAGGAGAGAGUAUAACUUAUAUAGGCUUAUACAUGAUGCAAUAAUCCAGAGAACAGUGUUUCCCUAUUGCGUUUGUAGUUUAUAUUUUGUCCGUAUCUGUCGCUGAAGUCAUAUACGGUAAGAACGAAAGGUAGUGAAUAUCCGUAAGCAUUUUAUAACUACUUCGAUAACCCUUUAAUUGCGAUUAUCACUCAAUGUAUUCUUUCAACUUAAAUUUUAGAUUAAUUUAUCUUCGAUCAAAAUGCCUUCCAUUGUAUGUCUAUAGGUUAAUAUGUUAAUAGGUUAAUUUUUAUCCUAUCAACGAAAUUUUUCCAAUCAUAGAAAAUUCUAAUCGAAAAAUAUUCGAUACUAUCUAACGAGAUAGGAACAAAAUUGAUAAAGAAAGUUGAGAAACUCUGCAUUAUUAUUUUUUGUUUCAAACGUUGAUCGCUAGAGGGUGCGAGCGACGUAACGAUAGCAGCGCCUCUAUGGAACAUUGUGGUAUUAAAAUUCGUACAUUUCUGUACGUAUUUUCGUAUGUGUUCGUUGGUUACUCCGAGACAUAUCUUUACAAGUAGUACUUUUGUAUAUCGAAAGGAUCGUGCCACUGGAUGAAGUCAUUUAUUUUGGUUUAGAAAUUAGUAUAUGUGUUAGUGAUAGCCAUAGUGGUGGCAGACGAAUUAUAGCGGUGCUUUUUCACCGUUCGACUUGAUCAAAUUUUUCAAGUACUUGUUUAUCGGAGAUCAAGAACUAAGAAAAAAAUGACCCGAGGAAAUCAACGUGAACUAGCGAGAGCUAAGAAUAUGAAGAAAACUGUUAAAAAAGCUGCUGCUGAGCAGGAAAGCAAUAAAGGUCUUUCAUUAGAACAACGAAAGGCACGAGAUGCAGAACGAAUGAGAGAAAAACAACUCAAAAAACAACAAGAGCAACAAGAGAAGACUAAACAAGCUGCGAGAUAACUUUUUAAAAACUAUCUGUAAAUUUUUACUAACGACGGAAUCAAACUUUGCAAGUAUGUUUUUAAAAUUGACGAUCAUAAAGCAUCAAAGUUACAUCUAUUGCGAGCACAUAAAGAGUACACAAUGUCUUUGAUCUUAGAGAAUUUCUUCAUUAUUCUCUGUAUGUAACAUCAUGAUGUAUAACAGGAUUUAGCUCUGCGUGAUGUUCUUUACAUAUUAUUCGUAAUAAUAGUCAAUAUGUAUAAAACUAUUGUUACCUAUAUCUUGAUGGUCAAAGGAACUCUGUUUGACUGGAGUAGACUUUAAGGGUAUUAAUUAAAUAAUAUGAUACUUGUAGUAAUAAUUUUGUGUAAAUUUAAACUUCAGUUAUUUAAUAUGUUGUGUAAUUAAAUGAAAGCACAGAACGACAAAGAGAAAGGACAUGUAUGUUUGUCGUUUCCUUAUAAUAAAUUAUUCAAAUUUAUUAAUAUUCGAAA